UGCAGCAUUAUGGGAUUGGUGAGAGCUACAUGUGUGAUUCUUUUCAGAAGUAUUACUCUUACAGCAAUGGCUCAGCACAAAUUCAUCGAUAUCGGUGUGAACCUGACAGAUCCCAUGUUUAGAGGACUUUACAGAGGGAAGCAGAAACAUGAAGAUGACUUCAGUCAGAUCAUCGACAGAGCUCUUAAAAUCGGAGUUGAAAAGUUUAUGAUCACAGGAGGGAGCCUAGAAGACAGCAAGGAGGCCCUUAAACUAGCUGAGACCAGAGAUGAGUUUUACUGCACAGUCGGCUGCCAUCCCACCCGCUGCAGUGAGUUUGAGCAGAAUGGAGAAUCCCAGUACUUCUCAGGGCUGAGGGAGCUGGCAUCAGCACACAGAGGAAAGGUGGUGGCCAUCGGAGAGUGUGGACUCGAUUUUGACAGAUUGGAAUUUUGCCCCAAAGAGACUCAACUUAAAUUCUUCGAGAAGCAGUUUGACCUGGCAGAGGAGACCAAGCUGCCCAUGUUCCUCCACUGCAGAAACUCCCAUCAGGAGUUCAUCGACAUCAUGAAGAGAAAUCGAGACCGAUGUGUUGGAGGAGUGGUCCACUCAUUUGAUGGGACUGCAGAGGACGCUGCUGCCCUCACUGACCUGGACCUCUAUAUUGGAAUAAAUGGAUGUUCCUUGAAAACAGAGGCCAAUAUUGAAGCUAUGAAGUCUAUCCCGACUGAGAGGCUAAUGAUAGAAACAGAUGCUCCGUGGUGUGGCGUGAAGAACACUCAUGCAGGCUCCAAAUACAUUAAAACUACAUUUCCCACAAAGAAGAAAUGGGAGGCGGGGCACUGUCUGAAGGACAGGAACGAGCCCUGUCACAUCAUACAAGUUCUAGAGGUGAUGGCAGCAGCGAGGGAAGAGGACCCCCUAGAGCUGGCCAAUGCAAUCUACAACAACACCAACAAAGUCUUCUUCAGCUCCAGCUGAUGAUGAUGAACAUGUUUAAACUUUCAUGAGACCAACUGACAUGGUCUUAUUUUACGUGUGUGUGUGUGUGUGUGUGUGUAAGAUUUGUCCAGGGGUAAAACUCUACUUUUGCCAAUUGUGAAAUUGCUUCUGAAAUAAAAUAAUUACAUUUUCA